CCAGGGGCGACGUGUGAGGCGAGCAGCAGCAGCGAGCCAGCUGCACUUGCGCACAGCGCCCACGAGCUUACCCCCUGGCAAUCCACACGCGCCAUCGCCCAAGGUGCAUGACAUCAUUUAUGGACGGCCCCAAAGGACUGAUGCUGAAGUGAUUUUUUGGUGGUAACUAUAAUGUCAUUCGGAUUUUUCCUAGUUGGGAGCAUUUCGUCGAGCCUUUUAGGGCUGAAGGCAGAUCUGGGGCAGCUACGUAGGCUCGUUUCUCCGCAAGUGGGCCAAGAGGGACUUUAGCAGAUGGUGUUUAAAUGUUUCCUCAUUUGGUGGAAGACAUCUUAAAUACAUUGUGUUUCCACUGUUGAAGAAAUGUGCAUGAAGUCCUGAUAGGGAAGUGAAAUCACACCCACCAUUAAAAGCCAUUAUAGCAUUCCGAACUUCCUUGAUUAGCUCAUCUGUGACUUUACAUUGUCCACAUAAUCUACAACAUCAUGUUUCUACAAGGUUACGCACUGACGCAGGCCUUCGUUGUCUGCGUGGGCCUCAGUAUGGAGACUCCCAGAAAGGACCCUGCGGUGUUUGUGGCCUCUCAGUUGCCCUCAGAUGCACGGUUCAUGGCGGUGCUUGCCAAUGGGUACCUGGGCACCCAGGUGUACGGCCGCUCGCUGCACAUGGGCGACGUUUACAACGGGAACGGGACAGAGAGUCACCGUGCGCAUAUCCCCUCCACGCUCAAUGUGCUGCUCUCGAACACAGGCCCAGGGGAGCUCCUGUAUGGCCUCAACACCAGGAAAGGUGUGUUUGAAUGCGUGCUGAAGAGCGAACGUAUGCUGGUGGUGCAGCGAAUGUACGCGCACCGCUCUCGUAGAAACCUGCUGGUGCACAGCGUGCAUGUGCGGCGCACUGGCCCGGACCAAUCUCCCCUCCACCUCAACCUGUCCAGCAGCUUCACACCUUUCAGUGAAGAUAUUGACUUUAAAGAAGGGUCUGCAUUUCUUGAAGCAAGGUACAUUUACGGUGAGAUUCAUGCGCCGGAAGGGAAAGAAUGUUCAAAGACCACUGUGCAUAUGGUCUGGACACCAGUCCCAACUUGCUUGGAGCUGCCCGCUGGACAGAUCGUGAAAAAGUGGACAUUUCUAACAGCCCUGAGCACGGAUGAGAGUGAAGCCAAAGCCGAAUACCGCGCGGGUCUGCGUGCAGCUGAGACACGCGAGCUGUACCUCACCCACAAGGCAGCCUGGUCCCAGCUGUGGGCCGCAAGCUGCAUUGACAUGACUGGAGACUUUUACCUUACCCAGGUGUUGUAUGCGUGCAUGUUCUACAUGCUCAGCGCAUUGCCGUCUACGAGCACGUUGGAUCAUCCCUUCUUUGGACUGAGUCCUGGCGGGCUGUCCAACGGAGAGAGAAACGAGGACUAUCUUGGACACGUUUUCUGGGACCAGGAGACAUGGAUGUAUCCCGUAGCGCUGUUGUUCCACCCCAGGGUUGCACGCACCAUGCUGGAGUACCGUGUGGCACGGCUUGGUGCCGCACGUGAAAAUUCUCGGGCCGCUGGACACAGGGGAGCAAAGUUCCCCUGGGAGAGCGCUGUGGCUGGACAUGAAGUUUGCCCGGAAGACAUUUACGGGCAGCAGGAAAUCCACAUCAAUGGAGAUGUGUCCUUUGCUUUCCAGCAGUACUUCAUUGUCACUCAGGAUUUAAAGUUCUUUUCACAACUGGGAGGAUGGGAUGUGGUGAAGUCUAUCGCGGAAUACUGGAAAAGUCGUGUGGAGUGGAAUAAGACUGAGAAAUGCUAUGACAUUAACAAUGUGAUGCCUCCAGAUGAGUACCAUAAUGGCGUCAAAAACUCUGUCUAUACAAAUGUCGUGGCCAAAUACAGCCUUGACUUUGCCUCGGAUCUUGGAGAACUACUGAAAGUUCCCGUCCCUCCGAAAUGGAAAGACAUUUCAAGCAAACUAAAAAUUCCCAUCGACCACGAGAAAAACUACCACCCAGAGUAUGAUGGAUACAAUCUUGGUGAGUCAGUGAAGCAAGCCGAUGUGAUCCUCCUUGGCUUCCCUUUGGGGUUUCCCAUGAGCGCACAGAUGAGGAAGAACGACCUGGAAUUUUACGAGGAAGUGACAGACCAUGAUGGGCCUGCCAUGACCUGGAGUAUGUUUGCAGUGGGGUGGCUUGAAAUGAAUGAUUCCGAAAAGGCCAAGAAGAUGAUUACGAGGUGCUAUCAGAACAUUCAUGAGCCCUUCAAGGUGUGGAGUGAAAACCCGGAUGGCUCUGGAGCUGUGAAUUUCCUCACAGGAAUCGGAGGAUUCCUGCAGGCAAACCUCUUUGGAUACUUUGGAAUAAGGAUAACAAAGGAAGGUUUAAAAUUCAACCCGAAUAUUCCCGACAACGUUUCAGAGGGUGUGGUGACUGGCUUGACUUACCUGGGCAACAAAAUUAAGUUUUCUGCAACAGUAGCCAAUGUGGUGCUGACGGUGACUGCAAUAGACGAAGCUUCACACACAGAACUGGAGGUGGUGGUGAGCAGCACCGAGAAAGUCUUCCCUCUGCUCCUGAAAAAGCCAGUCACCUUCCCGACGUCUCCUGGAAGAAUUCAGAUGUUGCAUUGAGAUCAUAAUUCAUGAACAUUUAUGUUUUUAUGACAAAGUACACUUUUCAUUCCUAUGACAAACAUGCCUUGAAGAAGGCAUUGGAUGUGAUCUUGGUAUAUAAGUUCAAGUCAAUAUGAGUUUGUCUCAUGCCUUGCACUGGUUGCAAAGUUACAAUCAUAACAGUAUAAUGCUUGAAUUUAUAUGGUGCUUAAAUGCCUCUGCAACUCAAAGAGCUUUACAUCGUAUCUCAACUCAUGUUUUUAUGGGAGGAUUACAUUUAUGUGUGUACAAUAUGGAAAAUGUAUCCAUUGUGCCACAAUCUUCUUUGUGUUGUUUUUUACAAAAAUGUAGAUUACUGUUUAACAUUGAAUACCAUAUAUAUCAUGGAUAGUCUUUCACAUAUUUUACAUUAAUGUUUUAUAAUUUAGAUGUUUAAAUUGAUAUAUUAUAUCAAUGAUAUUCUUUGGGUCUUUCGGUAAAGCCACGUAGAUAGAAAAAUAUAUGAAAGCAAAGAAAACACGACGUUUCGGUUGCAACACAAGCAAUCGUCAUCCUGCUUCACCAGCUCUCCCGCUAUAUUUUUUUCACCUGAUGACGAUUGCUUGUGUUGCGAUUGAAACGUCGGGAUAUUUUUUUAUUAGUUUUAUAUCUACGUGGGCUUUACCGAAAGACCCAAAUAAUAUGAAUUCCUGCAGUCAUGAAAGCUUUAAGUGACGUCACGCGAUUUUGGCCGAUUUUUGACCCCCCCCUCCCCCCCUCAUCACACGGCGUCACGAAAAGUCAGACCCCCCUCAAAUAUGACGUCACAAAGGUUUGCCCCCCCCCCCCAAAACCAUAUUUCCAUUUUGAAAAUAAAACAUACUUCAAAUAACUGUAAACUAUUGUCAUUGUAGUGCGUAUUUAAUGUGGCGCUGCACUCUGAUGUUGUAGGAGAAAACGUAUUAAAAAGGAGGCGUUCGAAAGCUGGAAUUUAGCAUAAAAUUCACUUGCAGAUGUUCAGAAUAUGUAUUGAAAUUCUAUUAUAAUUAUCAAAUAUUAAAAGUAAUUAUAACUGUAAAAAAUACUUGAAACUUUGUCGUAGAACGAAGCAAAAUGGAGAGUACAAUUAUAAAAAUCACAUUCAUUCCACAGAAUGAAAAGCCCUGGUAGAAUCAUUAGAAUAAAAAUGUUUCAUAGCAAUCAUUAUAUAUUUUUUAUAAAAUGUACGCUUCUCGAUUCUCCCAUGGAGAAGCAAAAUGCUCCUUCAUAGAUUAAAUAGGGAGAGCAUGGAUCUCUUCAUCCUGUGGAAUGGAUAUUCCAUUCAGAUCAAGCUCUUCGUCUAUCCAAUCUGCACUCUUUACAUUUUCUUCGUUCGCGAUUGCAACCAUUAGUUCACGUUGCCGACGCGCAGCGACUCUCUGUGGCCUGAUGCGUUUGGGCGGAAUAAUAAUUGAUUCAUGUUUGUGUGUUACAAAUUGGUUGCGUAGCAUGACUAACGACGCGAGAAGUAUGUGUGACUUCUUGCAAAUCCUAUCGCUAAGCACAGUUUUUAUUGACGAACAAUACAAGUCAUAUGGAAUCGACCGAUAAGGAUUUGAAGAGGGAGGAAGGAUGUCAUCCACUUUCAAACUUUGUGCUGCAAACAUAGAUGGGAAUUCAUGA